CCCUCACCUUUCCAACCCACAUCACCCGGAUUAUAGGGUUCGCCAUAGUCUUCUGCGAAGAUUCCGAUCCUUUAAUAAGGAUCAUAUGGCUGCCUUUCAUGGACUCAAGGCCAUACCAAAUGGUCUCUACUUUGUUAAUGGAUGUCCCGGUGCGGGCAAGACAGAGUGGAACAUGGUCGUUUCUGCUCUGAUACAGUCAGUACGUCGCCCAGGUGCCAAAAAGCGUUAUAAUCCUAUCCUGUUUCUUGUUGACCUCAACAAAACCGUCGAUGAUGCUGCGGACCGCUACUGGAACUUGGCAAAGGAGUGUGGUCUUCAUCUUCGCAUCAUUCGAAUGCACGGUUGGCCUUACGAAAUGAAAAACAGCGAGAAACUGGGCAAAAACCAGGCGCAAGACUGUGAUCAACAAACAGACUUCACGAGAAAGUUUCUGACAACUGCCAACAUCGAAAAGACUUUGAACGUCGGAAGAAACGCCAACAAGGCCCCAACGCUGGAUGAAGCUGCUUGGGACUACUAUGAAAAGCACAAAGAUGGUGGGUUUGUGGCUCUCAAGAAAGUGCUCUCCAGAAUGGAGGCUAAGGAGGCCUUGGACCACGACGACUGGAAAUGUCUGAGAAAUGAAGUCACGAAACUGUACACCGCGGUUUUGAAGCAAGCGGACUUCAUAGCGACAACGCCUGUGGCCGCAUAUGGCGGCUUCUCGAAACUCUUUAAGCCGGAUAUUAUCUUUGUGGAUGAAGCACCACAUGCAAGAGAACUCACAACGCUGAUUCCAAUUGCAUUCUUCGAACCCUUUGCUUGGAUUUUUACGGGUGAUGUCAAUCAGACCCGCCCCUUUGUGAAGAGUGGUGAUGCACGGGAUGCCCUGAAGAAAGGCCUUGAGGUAAACCCGUAUUCUGAGCAGCUGCGUCUUAGCCUCAUGGCAAGGGCCAACGGACUGGGAGCGAUCAAUAGUUCAUUGUUGAUCAACAAGCGGGCGCAUGGCAACUUACACAAGCUGCCGUCGGAUCUCUUCUAUGGCGGAAAGAUGUCUUCUGAUUACCCAUUAUCGAGACAGUUCCCGGAAACGGUUAGCUACCUAAGACGGCACCUUGAGGCCUUCGGUUGUGGACGAAGACUGAACGCGAACCGGGCUAUUAUUGCCCUUUCAGCGAGCAAAGAGGAAAACCAUUGCCACAGUUUCUGGAAUCCUGUGAACCAUCGUUGGGUAUUGGCUGAAGUUAAAAAACUUUUGCAGGACCCGUCAUUUCGAACCAUUACGGACACUCAGCAGCCCGGACGUGUGAUGAUCGAGACAACAUACAGUGUCUCCAUGCGUCAGUAUGCACAUGUGGUCAAACAGUGGCCAAUUGAGUGGCAGGAGAGGACGGAAGUUUUGACGGUAGACAAAGCUCAAGGCAAUCAGGCGGAUGUGGUUUUCCUCGAUCUGGUGAGAACCACAAAGCCCGGCUUCAUGGAUGAGGCACAACGUCUCAACGUGGCAAUCACCAGAGCCAGACAAGCGGAAAUUGUCCUGAUGCACCCUGCAAUGACUUUUCGCCUACGCCAGGGCAAGCGCGUACCGACUGAUUACACUUCAAAGGUCUGGGAGGAUGCAGUUGCGAACGAUCGCUUAUUCGUGGUCUGACUGGGAAGUCUGCACGGGGAAUUUGGUGACGAUAAGGAGAAGCAUGUCUGAUGGUGUUAUUGUAGCUGUGUGAGCACUUGAGUUCAGUUGGUUGAUAUGUCAAUUUGGGUCUGUCUUCUUUUUUUAAGCAAAGGAAGCUUGAUUGCACCAAAACUGGAGUGGCCCCUGUAUUGAAGGUUCGGUACGGUAUUAUAUAGAAAAGCUGAAUGAAAGUGAAGUUGACAAUUAUUGCUAGUCAAG